UUCCUUCACUGCGCCGUCGCCGCCUCUCGUUUCCGACGCUCCCGAUCUGCAUCCCCGGGCCACUACCUCCAGAUCCGCGUCCCCGAGGUUAAAAGCCCGCCUUUCUCGCCAUGACACCUCGCCCUCCUUCGCCUCCUCCCGCGGCGAGUUCAAAUUUCUCGCCGCAAUUUGAGAGACGAGUUCUCUGCAUUUGUUUUAGAAUGUGGUUGGAUUUUUGGCCUUCAAUUUGACCAAAGGUGGGAUUUUUAGGAGGAAGAAGUCAGGAGAGGAGGUGCGGUUUAGGGGGAGAUGGGCAACGCGACGUCGUCGGUGGCGGUGCGGUUCGCAUUCUUUCAGCCGGAGCCAGCCAUUUACGAGGUGUUCCGGGAGGGGGGGGGGGGGCGGCGGUGGCGGGGAGGGCAGGCUGCGCCUGUCGGAGUUGUUACCGGAGAAGAACGUGGAGGUGCAAGGUCAGGAACCGGGUGGUGGCCACCUUCUGGUGCCCCCUCGCCGCCCGCUUGACGCUCCUCUACUCCCAUGGCAACGCCGCCGACCUCGGUCAGAUUUUCGACCUCUUUGAUGAGCUACGCACCCACAUCCGCGUCAACAUCCAUCAUGAGGUUGAAGGAGGCACCCUUCAAUAUCCUAGCUCCGCCCGUGCCACCAUCGACCUUUGUGCAGGCUUGUGCUGGCGCGGGGACAUCAUCGAGCUGAGUGUGGUCAUGGACAAGGGUUUCUGAUUGCCAUCGGAUCUGGAAUCAGUGAUGCAUGGACCUUGCUAAGUUGGAAAGGAGACGCCAUUUGACUGGAUUAAAGAUAGAAGACGAUCCAACAAACAAGAAGCUUCUGCACGGCUUCACUUCACGCAGGCGAAGCUGCAUGCGGUCCAGAGGAUCCGGGCUCGUGCACGGAGUCCUAGGACACCAAAAAAAGGGACUCGCUCACACAACGGCUGGGAGGCGUUUACGGAAAUGGUGCCGACGUUGACUCACGACAUCCGCUCAUGCUCUUCUAGUAACUUACGCAACUAAAUGUCAUCAAAAUUAUUCAGUGUGACGCCGAGAUUCUUGUUUGGGGGAGUAAUUGCUGAUGACCUAAUACAAACUGAUUGGGGGGAAAAAAAUCAAGAUACAAACAAAUUAUGCUAUUGAAUCUGUGAGAAGACGAUCAAUUCUGGUUCUGACCACCGCCGAUAGUGAUACCAUCGCUUGCUCUGGCUGCCAUGGAAGGUACCUCCUCCGCUCCCUCCGCGGCCGCCGUAGAAGAAGGAGAACGGGCGGCGCCGCGGAUGAAGUACCGGGGCGUGAGGCGGCGGCCGUGGGGCAAAUGGGUGGCGGAGAUCCGUGACCCGCACAAGGCGGCCCGCGUGUGGCUCGGCACCUUCGCGACGGCGGAGGACGCGGCGCGCGCGUACGACAAGGCCGCGCUCCCCUUCCGCGGCAGCAGGGCCAAGCUCAACUUCCCCGAGGACGUCCGCCUCCGUCCGCCUUCUUCCUCCUCCGCUUCCGCUGCCGCCGCAGCCGAUCCCCCGAUGCCGGGUGCGGCCGCAGCGAGCGACUACUUGGCCUACUCGCGGCUGCUGCUGGGCGCACCGGAGGGCCUUCUAGAUCAGCUUGGCGCCUACGACGCCCGCGCGUCUCCGGCGAUCCAGGCCGGCGGCAGUUCCAUGCCUUUGCGCUCGUUUCCUGUCUCCUCUGUUUCGUCUUCCACUCGUACUCCUUUCUACUCUCGGAGCGAAGCAGCUGAGCUGCAGAUAAUAAACUGGGGAGGAGGAGGAGAGGCAGAGGAGUCUUCGGAGAGUUGGACGAACUCAAUAGAGUUUCCUCCGCCGUCUUCCUCGAGUGGGCAAUAA